CUCCUUUGGCUCUCAAAGAAGAAGAAGAAAAAGAAGAAGAUCUAUCGCAUCUGCCGUGCCUUGCUGACUGAGCGCCAUGGCUGAACUGAGCGAGAUGUACCAAGCAUCCCUUCGGCCACAUCCUCCGUAUAAACCUUUGCCAGAUGAGACCGGCUUCGUGGACUACUUUUCGCCGCCGCCCGUUCCGCCCGACGAGCAGGGCAACUAUGGGCCCUACUACUACUACCCUCCACUGUUCGCUCAGCCUCCUCCUCCCCCUCCUCCUCCACCACCUGCUCCCUCGGCUUCGCCAGUUCCCUACGGGUAUACUGGAAAAAGCCGCGCCAGUAAGACUCAAGGCCGCCCCUCCACUGCCUCUAAUCAAGCCAUGGAGAACUUCAUGGUGUACGCCACGCUGGUCAUCAUCCUCCUGUUUCUCUUCUCCCUGGUUAUCAUGCUUGGGUUCGCGAUGGCAGGUAAAUAUUUGCCUCUGGGGAAAGGCCGCCCGACGGAGCACGUUCCGGCCGGCUACUCGACGCGUCCAUCCGAUAACCCUGGGCCCAUGUGGUGGGCCCCCGUGGCGCAACCCUCGAACAGCAAGGCGUCGGCGUCUCUUCCGCGCCGUCUCGAGAGGGACGACGGUGACGGCGCAACUUGAUGCCCGCUGUGCCUUGUUCUCUGCGUGCCCUAUUUAAUUUAUUUAGGCUUAUCGCUUUGAUGAAUAGAACCUCCCAUACUCUUUGCUAUAGCACUCCUUUUUUAUGUGCAUCCCCGUGAUUUCCUGAA